CUGUCCCAUUAUCUCGUUGCAGCUGCAGCCACUCUCCAUAUCACUCCGCCAGGCAGUCUGGCUGCUGCUGCUGCUGUCGUUGACCAAGGGAACCGACUCGCUCACUCACUCACUCACCCACAUCAUCUGUCACACGUCAGCCUGUCUCCUCGACUCUCCCUCUCUGCGCCUUCGCCAUCAUCAAUCCAAAUCCACACCUUGACACUUUACUCACCACUCCCGCAGCCGCGGUAGCUAGCCCUUCUGUCCUCCUCCUCUUGCUUUGUCGGCGUGUGCUUGUCCCGGGCCUGCGUGCUGCCUCAUCCCAUCAGCCUCCUCCGCCCGCCAAUAAUCCUUCACUACCUGCCAACUCCAGGGACACUACACUCUUCUCUUCUCUUCUCUUCUCCUGUCGCCUGCCCACCUCUACACCCUGUGUCCCCCCGGCCUCUCCUCUCCGGGCCUGUGGCGCAUCCCUUUCUGCUUGCAACUUCGCGCCUGCACAUCUACGCUAAGCAGGUGGUAGUGCCUGGCUGACCGCAGCUCCUGCCUCAUCCUCGCGCCGCAGCCCAUCGCACCUGAACGAGCUCCCCACCACUCGUCCCCGCGCCCCGGAGAAGCUUCACACAGCUCCCUUCUCCCCUCGACUCGUCACCACCUCGUGUGCACCCUCGAUAUCCUACCUGAGUCCCCGUUAUGUCGUGAUGCCCAGCCCCGACCCCGCUGAAGAGCCCGAACACACAUCGCUGUCCGAUUCCCAGAUAUGACAAUUGCCUCGCGACAGCGUUCCUCGUCCAACAUCUCCAAUUCCUCGGAUCGCCGAGGUCCCCCUACGCCUCUGUCUGCGAAUCGCCAAAACCUGGCCCCGACUGACCCUCGCAACGACAUCUCCAGUCUGGCUCCUUCUCCCUCGUCCCUCCUACAUCCCUCGGCUGGCUCACACUCUCCCUACCCGUCGCUGCUGUCCCCGUCAGCAGGCAGCCCUUAUCCGUCCAGUCCAAGGGGCAGGGCUCAUACCGUUGCCGACCCAAACCUUCUCCAGCGACAGCAGAGCUAUCGCCAACAACCCACCAUGCAUCAGUACAACAUCCCCCCUCCGCCUCCUCAACCCACAUCCACCCCCGCCCACCAAACCAUGAACCUCCCUCCUCCGCCCCCGCGAUCCACCAAUACCAACAAUAUGGCUGGUAUGCCAAUGCCACCUCCACCACAGGGUUAUGGUUGGGGUGGCCAAAGGCAGUAUCAGCAGCCCGGUGGAUACAACCCCAGCGCAUAUCACGGCUAUCAACAGCAAAUGACACAUGCCCCACUGCCACCGCCGCCUCCUAUGCAGCAGCAAGUCGAUAAUCCACCGCUGACAUCGCUGACAUCUGCGACCUACAUUCCCGAGGUCGGAUCUUUUGGCCCCGGCGUAGGCAUUCCGCCCUUGCACAGCGGACGAGGAUACAACUACAGAGAAGAUGCUUACUCUGCCAACACUGACACUUCCGUAACUAGUUUCCCUUCCCAGGAUCAUUACACCUCCAACCCCACUUACGCGACCGCUAACCGCGGCCAUCUCAAUAUUCCCACCGAACGGUCUCAAACGUUUGAUUCCUCUGGACCGCCAACGGCGACUCUACAAAAUCCCAUGCUUCAGACUCACGGCAGCAGUUACUACCGCAAUGAGAACACCACCCCGAUAUCUCCUCAGGACGCCGCCGCAGCUUGGCCUGCUGAUCGUGUGCAAAUGUGGUUGGCAAGUAAUGGGUUUUCGAGAGAUUGGCAGGAGACUUUCAAAACGUUGGACUUGGAGGGAGCAAGAUUUUUAGAGAUUGGUCGUGGUCAUGGCGGGAAGGGGAACGUUGCUAUGACACACCAAGUUAUAUUUCCACAAUUGGCAAAGCAAUGCACUGCCAGCGGAACAGGAUGGGAUCAGAACAGAGAAAGAGACGAAGGCCGAAAGUUGCGCAGAUUGGUUCGCGCUAUUGUGGAGACUGGAAGCUCAAGCAACGCUCGCAUACCGCAACGUUCCGAUACAGGCAUGUCAAUACCCAGCGCAGGCACCGAAGGUACACUCGAAAACUCGCCGUUUUUGAACGGCAAAGUAGAAUUUAGCGCAACACCUACUACGGCUGGCGGAGGCGAGGAGAGUCCAGGGCGACAGAUGGCAAUGAACUCUCCAGCCUCUGCUACUGUUGGGCGCCGUAUGUCUACACAAAGGAAUUUCACCGUCCCCGGCUUAGGACCACCUCCCGAUUAUACCGAAUCCGCGGGCCGGAGUGCCUAUUCGAAAGAGGUAUUGAGGGACCUCGACUCAAAACCCAUGAGGCACAGUCCUAAUGCUUCCGGGGAGUUCGGUCCAUCGUCCUUGGGUACCACCAACCAUCGCGACGCCUUGAGGCAAUCAAGUCCACAACACAGCCCUGGUCUACCUUCGGCACGACUUGCAACCAACGGCGGACAGUACAACCCAGGAUUAAGCACGUCUGCGCCCCGUUACUACAGUCAUAAUCGUGACAACAGCUCCGAGUCCAACUUGUCAACUGUUGGCACAGUUGGAUCGAUACAUGGAGGCGCUGGACAACCGUCGGGUAUAUCUGAUAACCGUAACGAGCCUAGGCGGAAUGGCUACGACGGCUCGCGCCCCGGGACAGGUAUGUCACGGCAUGACAGCGCAGAGAUUCCUACGAGCGCCAAAGAGCAUAAAGGGUUUCUGCCCAAGUUCAUGCGUAAAGGGGGAAAGAGAGACGAUGGCUACCCUUCGCCAGAUAAUAUGAGUAUAGAAUCCCCUACCAGUCCUCACAGCCACCGCCACAUGAAUGGCGGUAUCUUUGGAAAGUCUGGCAUGAAUUCUAGCGAGACGUCAUUGAACGAUCGCCCGCCAUCGAGACGGUCUGCUCAGGCCGAUACCGAGAAUCGAACCAUGGGCCGUGCAAGAGGAGCCUCGACCAGGGAGAGCGAUCGAAGAUACGCCUUUGUAACCCCAGACGGCUGGAAUUACCGACUUGUGGAUAUUUCGAAUGCGUCUUCAGCUGCUGCUCUGCGUGAGAUUAUAUGUGAGGCACUGGAUUCAGGUUCAAGCCAAGUCCCUGGUGUGCAAUUUCACUUGACUUCCCCAGGGCAGUACGAGCAUGAUGAACCUCUCUCUGAUUCAAAACUUCUCAAAGCCCGUUCCCAUCAUGGAAAUGGGCUAGGGGAUCUCAAGCUAUUUGUCAAGUUUCCCAAGGAGACACAAGUGCCACCUUCUGCCGGUUUGGGAGUAACAUUCCCGCCACUGAUGGGCAAACCUAUCGACGAGGCUACCUAUGCUCGUCUCAACGCCGACUCGCAAUUGGACUCCCCAGACGGCAAAUCUGGCGAAUCCACACUUGUGCCUAGCAAGGCUGCCGCUCUGCGCAAACAAGCAGAGAAGAACGAGCUCACCCCUGAAGCUGUAGCAGAAAGACUCAACGCGGCGUCAAGAGCUCCGGAGCGAUCAUGGGCCGUGGGCGACGAUCUUACGGAGGAUGAACGUCAGAAAAUGCUUCAAGCCGCCGCCGAAGAACAUCAACGUCAAAACAGACGCAAGCAGCAGGCCUACCUUGCAUCUCGCCAGGAGAAGAUCCGAAAAGAGUCGCCCAACUCGGCCACAGACAAAGAUUUUGCGAUCCGAAGCCCUGGUAUCAUUGACUUUGACGAGCCUCGCGAAUCGCCAUACGACGAUUCCAAGAAGACUGUCGACGAGCGAAGGAAGAGCAAGCAGCUGCCACCCUUGGUGCCACUCCGAACAGCCCCACCUGCACCAGCCAAUUCAAACACACUGCAGAAAGCCAACUCGCUUUACAAGUCCAAGACAGACCGCACUUCAUGGCCGGAUGACGAAGAGGCUCAGGCGAAGCGCAAAUCGACAGAAAGCGAACUGUCCAAGUGCAAAGCAAUACCGCGAGGCCCGACAGGUGGCCUUUCGAGCAUUGCAGCAGCCAUCAUUGGCGCUGGUUCCGUGGGUAGUUCGGUGGGCGCUGCAAACAAGAAACCGCCAAAGCCGCCACUCAAGGACGACCACCGAGAAGCCGCACCCGAGAGCGUGCGACCAUCACAGAGGGUACUGCAGGACAGUGGAUUUGGUUCCAUGUCUGGAUCAGGUAAGAAUAGUCCAGAUAUACCCGAUGAUGUCGUCCUGGAUAGACCCAGCCUGAAACUGAAAAUGCCGAGCGCACCAAAUCCCACGAUUUCGAAACUCAAGGACGAACAGGGAUUCCGAACGAAAUCGCCCGACGUUAGCCCCCAUUCAGCACACCCGCCGGCAUCAACACUUUCGCGUGAGUCGUCACGGGUAUCCAUGUGGGGACCCAAGCUCGAAUUUGAAGAGGCGAGGGUAUCAUUUCAUUCCAAAGAGCCGAUUCACGACGAGGAUGAUUCAGGUGAUGAGUCCGACGAGGGCCUUUUUGCCAUGCCCAUAGCCAACAAAACAGGGACGAUGGGUUCCACCAUGAGCGGCCUUGCAACACCAAGCGAUUCUCGUACCCAGCGCCCAUCGCUCACACUCAAAACAUCUCGCUCGAAGAAUUCCCUCGAUAGGAACGUAGAUCGGUCAGGCGAGCAAAGUGCGAAGACUGAUGAUACACGUGGAUUCCAUCCCGAGUCAGCGGCAUCUACCAGAACAGAUUCUCCCGACGAUGUCAAAUUCUCACGUCGUGAGUCUUUUGCCAGUGAUGUCUGGGCCAAUCGUCCACCAGCUGAGGCACUGGUUGAACAUCUUGACGAGCUUUUCCCCAACGUCAACCUUGAUCAGCCGAUGCUCGAAGAAGAAGAGGCAGAAACCGAUGCUUCGACCGAUCUUGUGAGCGACUUCUCAGACAAUACCCGAUCCGUUACACCACGAUCAUCUUUUGGGGACUUCAGCAGCACUACUGGCCCAAGUUUCAACAGGGAUUCGGUACAGUCGUUCGCCAAGCGCAACAUCAGAAAGUCAGGCGGCCUUGGACGGACCAAAUCCAUCCGUGACGUUGUGAAAUCACAAUAUCUACCACUCGAAAAGAACCCGCUUCCAGGUCAAGUCAUUCCUGCAGCAGGUCCAUCUCGGGUAGCCACACUUCGCAACAGUGGAGACAUUGUGCGGCGGAAAUCGACCAAGAUGUUCCAUGCGAACAUACAACAAGUGAAACCCCCCAGAGGAUCCAGAUUGAUUCAAUUGGAGACGAUUCCUCAAGAUCUUCUGACAGUACCGCAACGUCAACCAACAUUCAAAUGGAUGAAGGGUCAGCUCAUUGGAAAGGGAACGUUUGGGCGGGUCUAUCUCGGUAUGAACAUCACUACCGGUGAGCUGAUUGCCGUGAAACAAGUCGAGGUCAACCCCAAAGCCGCCGGAUCCGACAAGGACAAAAUGAAGGAGCUAGUGAAGAGCCUGGAUCAGGAAAUCAUCACUAUGCAGGACCUCGACCACCCGAACAUUGUGCAAUAUCUUGGUAGCGAGAAGAAAGAUUACAGUAUCUCUAUCUUCUUGGAGUACAUCAGCGGUGGUUCCGUUGGCUCAUGUAUUCGCAAGCACGGAAAGUUCGAGGAGAGCGUGGUCAGCUCACUCACGAGACAGACGCUUUGCGGCUUGUCCUAUUUACACAGGAUGGGAAUCCUGCACCGCGAUCUCAAAGCUGACAACAUCCUAUUGGAUCUUGAUGGAACUUGCAAGAUCUCCGAUUUCGGUAUCUCGAAGAAGACGGACAACAUCUAUGGAAACGAUAGCACCAACAGCAUGCAAGGUUCCGUUUUCUGGAUGGCGCCUGAGGUGAUUCGCUCACAAGGCCAAGGUUAUUCCGCCAAGGUCGAUAUCUGGUCGCUCGGUUGUGUGGUGCUGGAGAUGUUCGCCGGGAAGCGUCCAUGGUCCAAGGAAGAGGCUAUCGGCGUGAUCUACAAACUGGGCAGCCUGAAUCAAGCUCCACCAAUUCCAGAGGAUGUAUCACGCGUCAUCGGAGUGGAAGGGCUGAGUUUCAUGUACGACUGCUUCACGAUUGAUCCCGCCGAACGUCCCACAGCAGAGACAUUGCUUCGCUCACCAUUCUGCUUUUCUGAUCCGCACUACAACUUCUUGGACACUGAGCUUUACGCCAAGAUUCGAGGUGCCUUCCAGUAA